AUGGCCAUCGCUACCAUCAUAGCAACCACACUGCAAGAGAUAGCGCCCCCAAGUGCUAACCAAAAUCCCAACCCACCACCAGAAGCCCAACCACGUGGCAUCAAGUACUACUAUGAGUCUCUUCGGAAGAACAGAGCCCCGACGUUUGAUGGCAACCCCGGCCCAAAACAAUACUAUCUGGCUGAGUUGAGGUUACAGAACCUGAGUGAAUUUGAAAACUUUACUCAAGCUCUGAGUAUGUUCGUACUGGAGUACUCCUCAAAGUUCAACUCGCUCGGGACCUAUGCCCCAACCAUCAUGGCAGAUGACACCCUGAAGCUACAUCACUUUAAGAAGGGUUUGAGUAGCCGAAUUCAAUCAGCAUUAGAAAUCUACAAGCUAACUAACUUUGUCGAUCUGAUGGGAGCAGCCAUUAGAGCUGAAAUGGACAUCAAACAGCGUGAAGACGAAGGCAAGAACAAGCGACCCCUCGCAAGUCAAUCUUUCCCAAGUGAACAAAGAUAUCUUGGAGAAUGUCGUAGGAUCUCCGGUGUAUGCUUCAACUGUGGGAAGAUGGGGUACCGAAUUACAGAUUGUCCUGAAUCCAAGAAACAAGGGGCAGUAUCAAAUUCUAUUGCAAUCCAGAAUAAACCAAAGGAGAAUAAUUCCAAUGCUAGGGUGUUCGCUAUUACUCGAGAAGAGGUGGACAAUGCAAGCGAUGUGGUGGCAGGACUCAGAGUUGAAAUACUUAGUGAACCAUAUAGAGUAGCUAUGCCCACUAAUAAGGCCCUCGAAACUCAUAAGUUGCAUCGAAGCUGUCAGUUGGCCAAGAACCACGCAUUAGUGGAUUGCCACAGGAAGAGCGUCAAACUUCAGACUCCAAGCCAAGAAGAAAUCAUCUACCAUGGCAAGGCCAAGGAAAAGAGAUUGCUCUUGUCCGCAUCUCAGACUUUGAAAGACAUGAGGAGCGGUGAUGGAAUCUAUCUAGCUAUGAUAAGUGAGGUGGAAGAGAAGACCAAGGGCAGGCUAGAAGAAAUUCUAGUCGUUCAAGACUUCCUGGAUGUAUUUCCUGAGGAACUACCUGGCACAAUUCCAAACCAUGAAGUAGACUUUGAAAUUAAUUUGGCACCAGGUGUGACGCCAAUAUCAAAUGCACCCUACCGAAUGGCCCGGACAAAACUCAAAGAACUAAAAGAAUAA